AAGAUCCAACACAACAUAGCCUUCAACGAAAUAGCCUCUCUUGUCCUCUCGCAAUGUCACAGAUCAGUGAGCGCAAGAGCACCAUCCACGUGGCUCUAUUCCCGAGUUCAGGGAUGGGCCAUCUGACGCCGUUCCUCCGCCUGGCCGCCUCGCUCGUCGCUAACGACGUCCGAGUCACCUUCAUUGCCGCGCAUCCGACGGUCUCGCUCGCCGAGUCGCGCGCCCUCUCCAGUUUCUUCACCAGCUUCCCUCAAGUUAGUCCCAAGCAACUGUGUCUACUUCCCAAUGACGAGUCUUCUAGCAACACCGACGAUCCUUUUUAUCGCCGUUAUGAAGUUAUCUGUAGCUCCUGCCGCCUCCUCCCUCCCCUCUUAUCGUCGAUAUCUCCACCCCUUUCUGCUCUCAUCACAGACAUGAGCUUGAUCUCCGCAGUCCUUCCUGUGUCUCGAGCCAUCGGCCUUCCAAAUUAUGUUUUCUUCACGUCCUCCGCCAAAAUGCUGACCCUCUUCAUGUCCUUCCACAAAAUAUUUGUCACGAAAGCCAUGCCCGGUUCUCAGGAUAACAAAGAUGUCAUUGAGAUACCGAAUCAAGAACCAAUACCCGUCUCAUGGUUUCCGCCGCCCCUAUUGGAAGAAGAAGACAACUUCCUAAAAAAUUCUCUCAUUCAGAACGGCAAGAGUAUGGUCGACGCAGAUGGGAUUUUGAUCAACACGUUCGAUGACUUUGAGCCGGAUACGUUAAAUGCGCUAAACAACGCGAAAAUGCCUUGUGGAUUGCCACCUGCAAUUGCCAUUGGACUGCUUCCACCAGCUAACUUCGGAGAGUCUCAUUCUCAUCCGUUGGCUUGGCUGGGCAAUCAACCGAUAGGAUCGGUUAUUUAUGUGAGCUUCGGCAGUAGAACAGCCAUGUCGAGGGACCAAAUAAGAGAACUGGGCGAUGGCUUGGUACAGAGCAGCGUGAGGUUUGUAUGGAUGGUGAAAAGCAAGAAGGUGGAUCAAGAAGACACAGAGGACCUGGAAGAUGUGAUCGGGCAAAAGCUGAUGACAGCAACCUCGGGUGCGGCGAACGGCUUAGUUGUGAACCGCUGGUUGAACCAAAGCGAGAUACUAGGCCACCCGGUAAUAGGCGGGUUUCUGAGCCACUGUGGGUGGAAUUCGGUCACAGAGGCCGUGUGGCAUGGCGUUCCAAUGCUGGCAUGGCCUCAGCACGGAGACCAGAAGAUCAACGCGAGCGUGGUGAAGAGGGCAGGGAUCGGGAUUUGGGAGGAGAGUUGGGGGUGGGGCGAGAAGGACAUGGUGAAGGGAGAGGAAAUAGCGGAGCGGGUCAAGGAGACGAUGAGGGAUGAGUCACUGAAAGCACGAGCUGCGAGCAUGAAAGAAGCCGCCAGGACGGCCCUCGGAGUGGAUAGGGAUUCGGGAAGGGGAUUCAAAGCACUACUCACUGAGAUGUGGGGUGCAAAAUAGGGCGCGCUUUGAUUGUUAACACAAACAACUAUAUGGCAUUCGCGUAACAAAGAUCGAAUAAUAAUCCGCGUUAACGCAA